CCCAUGCAGGCACACGAUCCACACACCUCAGGCUUGAUAUUCAUAGCCUCCUCCUCCUUUACUUGACAUGGGAGCCUUAACAGAUGUGCCCCAGCCUUGAGCAGCUUCCCCCUCUCUCCCCCUCUUCUCUCUGUGUCUUUACUGCCUUGUGCUUCGCUGAUUUUACCUUAUCUCAUCUCAGGGAGAAAACGGACCAAACUGGCAUUUAAUUUGAAAAUAAAACAGUGGAGUCAAAAUUAGAACAUUCACGAAGAAGUGGAUGAAAUAAGGAAGCUAAGAAGAUGCUGCUGUUAAAAACAUAACCCCCCAUGUAUGUGUGGUUAGGUUAGAGUAUCGGGCCAUCUUAAUUACCUUCACUCAAUCAAGAGGCAGAAACUGAUUUACAUGCAUAUAUGUAACUUUUCGUUAUGUCUCUUUAUAUAUUUAAACAUAAAUGUCCCUGUAUCUGUUACCAAACUGCACAUUGAGAUCUAGAAACCCAAGUUCUUCAUUGAACUUUUCCUUUAGUCAAAUACCUAUUUUCAUUUUUCAUCACUGAAUUAUUCUCGGUUAAAACCUCAGCUAUUCCUGUUUUGGAGUUUCGGCAGCUCUCGUGUGUGUGUGUGUUUCUGUGUGUGUGUCUCUUUGCGCGUGCGCGCGCAGUGAGUGCCGUGAGCUGGAGGCUUAUGGUAAUUGCGGUCUCCCGACUGGCCUUCUGGGUAGAGCUGCGCGAGUGGGAGUGGAACGAGCCGCACGGUCUCGGCAGCGCUCAUCCAUUCUGUGCGGCACUCCCCGUACAGCUCCGUGCGUCCUCGGUGCGAACCGAGGGCUCCGACCGGGCUGUUGUCUACGAUCCUCGAAGGAAACGCGCGGGACGGAAAGCUACGCGGAAUAACCUUCAGCAAACCCUCUGCGACACAGAUUCCGCCGUCGGAGAGGACAUGGAGUGACGGAGAGCUGGAGAAAGGGGCUUUUUCCGAGGACGGCGUGCUCCGCUGAAACCCAACAUGGCGCUGCUGCGCGGUACGGCCGAGCUGAAUUAAUUUCUCCGCGAUUCCGCCGACCUCGUCACCUGUAUCCUUCAGGGGUCCGGGCCAUACGGCGCAGUGCUCUCCGACUUAAAGGACCUUAACGGAUUUUCUUUAGUGGAUUUCUCUGUAUCCUGCCGUUUGUUUUUGCUCGGCGCAGGAUCUUUUUUUGUUUUUGCUUUAUGGAAACCCAAGUGACAUUUUCAGCAGCAAAAACUCCUCUUGAAACAUAGUGGAAUGGAAGAGAGCUGCUUGUAGACAAAAGAAUAAAGACCCAAAGCUUUAUAUGUAAGACUUGUUUUGUUUUAUGACAAGUGAGUAACCUGUUAGGCACUUUUAGUUGUUUUUUUUCUCCCUCUGGCCGGGAUCGUCUGUCUCCAGCGGACAGGACCGUGACCGGGCAAGUCUACGUACGCACGGAUCGCUGCCCUUCCAGUUAACUUGAGAAAAAAAACAGGGGGGGAAAGAAGAAAAGAAAAAAUAAGGCGUGAGUCGGGGCGCGCUGAGCACGGUUGGAACUUGCACCAAUUAACCAGGGCAACAUCUGUUCGUGAUGUCGAUGCUGAGGCACAAACCAACCUGGAACUAAGACAAGGGAACCAUAUCGCACGAAACAUGGUGGAUGCAAGGUUGACGCCCCUGGCAGCAAUGGGGCUGGACCGAAGCACUCUUUUACACGAUGGGCUUCAUCUCCAUGGUGGGGUUGUGUAUCCAGGGAUCAGAGCACUUCAGGCAGAGAAGGGCAGAGAGGCGCCUGCACUUCCACUUACUUAUAACAGGGAUGGACUCCCAGAACUCAUCUACAAGCCUGAUGGCCCUCUGGACAGUCGUAAGACGGCGAAUGGAUACCUAGGCCUCUAUAAGGGCGCUCAUCCAAGUCUCCACAAGCCCGUGCUGGUUCCUGGAGCCGAAGGUCUCGGCUUGGAACGCAGAGUAGGGCCUGGAGAGAAAGCAUCGGAACUGGGCUUGGCAAGUGCUGGUGGCAGCUACCUCCGCAUGCCAUGGCUCAGCCCUUACCCCGAAGCGAGCAUGUAUCCCUUCAUGGACACAUCCAAGUAUGCAGCUCUAAACAUGUACAAAGCCUCUUUGCUCAGCCAACCCAACCCCUAUCUUCCCCAGCACCUGGCCUAUCCUUCUCUGUGUGCAGCCCAGGGAGGCAGUGUUACCCCUGCUGCAGCGGUCUCUGCUGCUGACAGGCUCUAUUAUAUGCCUCCCUAUCCUGCUUCACCUAUCUCUUCACCCCUGGUGGCACCACCUAUGAGGAUUCCUGCAGUCACCGUGGCCCCAACAUCACUGGUACACUGCCAAGACAAGGGGCUUGGUGUUGCACCUCCAUUUGCACAGCAGCUUCACCAACCCUCACCUCUUUCUCAGCACCAUCAAGCUUCUAUAGACAGGGACCGCUCACCUAACAGGAGUAUCAGACCGAGCAGACCUCCGUCCAGGAAGGGCUCUAGCAACAAUAUUAAUACAAGUAGUAUUAUUACUAGUGGUAUCAGUAGUCUGCCUACUGAUUCCUCUCCUCGUGUUUCUUCUCGCCUGCCACAACCUCCCCUUCCUCCUGCUCUCCUCGACAAUUCACUGGAUUUGCAAAGGCCGGUUGCCAGGAUAGGGCAACCGGUGUCAUCCACUUCCUCAAUAUCUGCCUCAUCCACAUCCGCACAGUCCAUUCCUCUUACGUUCUCUGUUAGCAGCAUGGCAUCAGAGCAGCCCUCUCCUGCCCGACCCAGCUCCCACAAAUCAAGGCCAAGAGAUGGGGCCCCUGAACCCAGAAAUGCAGGAGUUGAGAAAAGACCCAGCAGGUCUCCCUCCAAAGCCAGCUCUGAGAGACCAGCUCACCAACCACAGGCAACCAAAGACCCAGCAGAGAAGCCUUUGGAUUUGUCUGGAAGAAUGCUAGACUUUGGAUUGCCCUCCAAUGGAUUCCCAGUUAAGAUGGACACUUCAGGUCCACGUUAUGGACUUCCCCCUAACAGAGAGCUCUUAAAAGAAAACCUUUCCCCUUCUCCCCAUCCACAUUGUGUGGUCAGCAGCACUUCUUCAAAGGUCUCAGACAGACCAGAGAUGAUCAGCACUUUACACUCCACCUGGGUCGUACCUAGUCCAUCACCUUCUCACGCACAGCACACACCGGGCCUGCCCACCUCCCCGAGACCUAAUACAGACCUGGGUCUUUCACAAACUAAAGGCUCUUCACCCUCUGUUAUCAAAAAUAAAGGUCUGGAGAGAGUACUCCCUCAGCAACGUAGCUCAUCCUGUCCAAGGAUAGAAGAGCCCAACCACUCCUCGACUCAACCAUCUGGCACUUCUGUGGUCAACUCCAGGGCUCUUUCUCCCAAACAUAAUGGUGAGUGGGUCAAACACAGCCCCAGCCAGUCAGAACAUCCACCAGCUGCGGGUCACCACAGAGAGGGAACAGAGAAGCCCUCCCAGACCAGUAAGAGAGCUGAAACAACCCCAGAUGUGCCAUCUUACAAGAGGCACUGUGUAGAGAACGGUCAUCCUCCUGGCCAUCUUUACCUUCCACAGAAUGAGGCUUAUCUAAACCACAGCUUGGCUUAUGCCAACAGAUACCUACCUUACCCCAUCACAGACAACAUGACAAUACAUUCUGUGCCAAUUGGAGGAAAAGGCCCAGUUUACCCUCACCCAGUACUGCUGGGCAGCAACAGCCUUUAUCCAACCCACCUGGCAGCAAAACACCCUUUACCAUACCACAAUCUCCCUGGUCCAGGAGGAGAAUAUCUCACUUAUAACUCACAGGAGAUGGCCCAUCCCUUGAUGCAGACACACUCUGACAACAAGCUGGCAGAAAGGGCAGAUGCAACACUGAAGUCCCGGGGACAGGAGAAAUCUCGGGGAACUGUUGAAGAAGGUGGAAGCCACAGAGAUAACAACAGUGGGAAAGAGAUAGGCGAAGGAAACCAAAUGAAGCCUGACAGGGAAGCUGGAGCACAAGGACAGUGUGGCAGUCAAAGCAAACACCCCUCUUCCUCUUUAACAUCCAGAGAAAAGAUUGUCUGCAUUGACCUUGUACACUCAGACACAGAUAUGGAGACUACAUCAUCAGGCUACAAACAACAUUCUGCCGAGACCAGCACCAAGGCUUCCCAAAAUGAAUGUUGUCAUAGUAACCAAAAUCUCACAAAGACUGAGUAUGAACCAAAACACCACCUUUCCCUUCCUUAUCCAAUCCACUCCAGACAGAGCCCUAACCUUAAGCCCAACCACAGUGACAGACAACCAGAAGCUCCCUUUGGGAGAGCAGAGGUUCCCCAGGACACUGGCUGUGCUGGGGCAACAUCUAGCAUAUCCCCAGCUUCUCCGUGCCUGGUUGCCCAAGCAGAGGAGAGCUGUGAGGAGCAGAGCCCCAGCCCAGACCUUGAAGACCAAGAUCAGAGCACCUUGCGCUGUGCUCGAACAUCAGGGGAGCGCAGCUCUGGUAGGGACAAAGGGGACAGGGGGGACAGCAGAAUUUCUCGCCUUACACAACACUGCACAGAUAUGGUGAAGAAAUCAGACCUGGAAAAAGUCCCCAAGAGAGAGACUGAAAAAGAAGACAGUAUUGUUGACCUGGGGGAGUCUCAGGGAGAAGGGGAUGAGGAAGAAGACGGUAGCCAGACUUCAUCUAAAAACUCUCGUAGAUCCAGCCUGGCCAAAAGGAUUGCUAACUCCUCAGGCUACGUUGGCGACCGCUUUAAAUGUGUCACCACUGAGCUAUAUGCUGACUCGAGCAAGCUGAGCCGUGAACAGAGAGCUCUGCAGCGGGCAAUGAUGCGGUUCUCGGAGCUGGAGCUGAAGGAGAAGGAGGGCAGCGGUGUGUGUAUGACUGCCUCGGCAGCAGGACGGGAGCUGGCAGACGGCCAGUGCGGAGAGAGAGUGCUGGAGUACUGCCAACACACCACCAGGCAGGGAGAGAGGGAGGGUGUCCGGCCGGCAUACACAAACAACAGAGUUCCAGUCCUUCAGAGGUGUGGAGGGCAGAGGGAGCCUUUGUCCCAUCCUCAUGAAGCCCAAGAUGGGGCCAGAGGUCCGGGCCAAGGAGGGCUAAAGGAUGGUGUCAGGAAGGGGAUGAAAGAGUGCGAGGAAGGUCACUGUAUGCCACCCACACUGACGCCAUCAAAGGGCUUUCCCGACGAGAGGACUAGCCCUGGCUUUGGGGUCACCAGGAAACGCCCCCUUGGCCUCAAAGCGGAGGACGAGGACACAGAGAUGGAGGGAGAAAGGGUGAUCCACUUGGAGAAAAGAGCCAAGCUUUGUACGGACGAGCGUGAGAAAGCCAGUGCGGACGACGACGACGACGAGGAGGUGCGGAAGCUUAAGGUCUGCAUAGAGCUCAAGGGACUGCGACUCAGCAAGCCCGCCGCGGGCGCUGCUUCACCUGAUGGGUCCCAAAUCAAGCAAGAGAGGGCAUGGCCUCAGCCCCGAUUGGUUAGCCCUACCCAGGGCCUGCGCGAGCGCAAGAUCAGGCCCGGUGAGCACGAGGACAGAGCCGCGGCGCAGCGAAGCGAGAUCAACAGGAAAUGGGGCUGCGAGAAGCUGCCUAAUGGAGUAGCUGCUGCCGUCGCUCCCCUCCCCCCCAGCCAGCUGAAGGACAGAGCGCACCCGCCGAACCCCUUCUCAGGUGACCGUGGCCUCAAGGAGUCCAGGAGGGGCCCCCCCUCUCCGGCCCCAGAGCAGUCCGUGGGAGGCACCCCUCCCCUCAAGGUCCGUCGCCAUAGUGACACGGACAAACCCAAGGGCAAGCGGCCGUGCAAGACCAAACACACCAGCCAGAGGGAGCGGGAGAGGGAGAAAAGGAAAGAGGCAGCCGCCAGCAGCCCGGGCCAGCGUUGCGGGACUGAGCUGGGAAAAGCUGAGGAUGACAAGCUGAGUGAGCAGUGCAGCGCUCCGAGGAAGAGAGCCGCUUCUCCUAAUCAUUAUCCCUGCUCUCCAGUCAAGCCCUGCUCCCCCACCGCGCUCUGUCCACCCUCCCUGCAGCUCCAGGCUAAUGACAGAGCGGGCGGUGUUCCACCAGAGCCGGCGGGCUUGCACAGAACCCCCCCUGCCGAGCCCUCCGUGGUGCGUCCGAUCCCGCCAGAGGCUCGUCGGCUGAUUGUGAACAAGAACGCCGGGGAGACGCUCCUUCAGAGAGCAGCGCGACUGGGCUACGAGGAGGUUGUGCUGUACUGUCUGGAGAACAGAGUGUGUGAGGUGAAUCACAGAGAUUACGCCGGUUACUGCGCGCUCCACGAGGCAUGCGCCCGCGGCUGGCUCACCAUAGUCCAACACCUUCUGGAUUACGGGGCUGACAUCAACUGCAGCGCUCAGGACGGCACCAGACCGAUUCACGAUGCCGUGGAGAACGACCACCUGGACGUGGUGAGAGUCCUGCUGUCUUAUGGCGCCGACCCCACCUUGGCAACGUAUUCUGGCCGUGGCCUUCUCAAGAUGACCCACAGCGACAGCAUGGAGCGCUUCCUCACUGAUUAUUUUGCCGACCUUCAGGGCCGCUCAGAUGACGACCCAGGGCUUUAUUGGGAAUUCUAUGGCAGCGCUGUGUGUGAGUCUACUGAAGAGGGCGGUGUCUAUGACAUUUUAGCAGACGCCCCAGGUCCAGAUGAUGAAGAUGAGGAUGAUAAAAGGGAGGUGUUUGAGUUCGAGUUCUCCGACCGACCUCUUUUGCCUUGCUACAACAUCCAGGUGUCCCUCUCCCAGGGGCCAAAAAACUGGCUGCUAUUCUCUGAUGUGCUCCGUCGGCUGCGGAUGUCCGCUCGCGGUUUCCGGCAGGCCUUCCCUCACAUGGAGGUGGUGACGGUAGCGGAGGCGGAGUUUUACCGGCAAGCAUCUCUGUCCCAGCUCUUCUCCUGCCCAGAAGAGCUGGAGGGCUUCCAUCCCGACAGCAAGGAGCUGCUGGACCUGGUGGAAGACAGCGCAGAGCUCGCAGCCCUGCUGGGCUCCACGCUGGAGUUUCUGGACGACCGCUGGGAUCACCCCGGUGACAAACUCAAGGACAAAAUCAAGGCUGUGGAAAAGUUGGGCUCAUCCUGACCCUUUGACCCACUGAACCUUGAUCAUUAUCGACUGCAGUUUGCUUUAGAACCGAGCAGGGGUUAUGACGAUAUGCCUUAGCCUGACCUUUAGUUCCUGCGCUUCGGCCCGACUCUGGACCAGCACUGGUGCACUGUACAGAUGGACUGACCUACUGGCUGAUGGGCUGCUGAAACAUUUCCCUCUGUUAACUGAGGAUCAAUAUAUUUGUGACUCAAUAGACUUAAUAAUGGUCUUAUUUUUAUAAAUUAAUAUAUGUAUAAAUAAAUAUAUAGAUAUAUAUAUAUAUAAAUAAAUAUAUAAUAUCAAGAGUUUUUUUUUUUUUUUGCUCACACGCCCCUCUGAAAGAUUUUGUAUGGCAACAGAGCGUAAGCGUGUUGUCAGCAACUGGAUGGCGUGCGUGAGCGCGCGGCACAUUGCGCAUGUGUGUAGUUGUACAGAAUAGUACCGAGGCUGUGCUAUUGAAUGUGGUAUUUGUGUUUAUAGGAAGCACAUGAUGUCCUGUUUUUCUCCCCCCAGCCAUCCCCUCCUCAGACUUUAGUGCUCGCUUGAGCCUCAGGGGCUUUUCUGUUGUUGUUGUUUUUUGGGUUUUUUUUCUGGAUGUUCAAAUGUUGCUUCCUGUUUAGUCUGUAAUUUAACAUGCAAACUACAAAAUUGUAUAAUAAAGUUUUAAGAUAAUGUUGAUAUUCACCCCUUGGCACAGCUUGUACAUAACAAGGAGGCUACUGCAGUAAGGUAAUUUUUGGUGUGUCCAGUUUUGUUUUGUUUUGGGUUUGUUUGUUCUUUUUGUUCUAACUUUGUAAUUAAAAUAUCUCAUAAUUUGUAUUUAUAUUUUACAAACGAAGUUGCUUUAAAAUAAAUAUACAAACCGCAAGAUGAUCUACGUGUCCUGCUCCUCGUUAAGUCAUUCAUGAAGUCAUUUGAAUUCUGAGAAGUUGAGCGGUGAUGGGGGCCCUGUCGUUUUCAAUCUGUGUGUGUAAUUACUCCUGUGCCUGAUGGAAGUGCGAUCCACCACGAUCCUCUAUUGCCAUCUCUUGGAAAUUUUAAGUAUUGUAGGUUUGGUGCAAUUUAUUGCUGCAACCCUGAGAGAACAAUGUGCCAACUCCCCUUUUGCCGCCUAUGUGGUGAACAGCUGCUGGCUUGCUGCGUCCUCUAGUGUAUAAAUCUGCAAACGCCACCCAUUCAAUGGGGCUUCAAUUCUAAAUCCCAACUUUUGUGUGGGUGCCGAUGCUUUUUAAUGUUAAUGGAAAUCCAGGAGGUUUUUGACUGCAUCAAGGCAGGAUUGGAAAACACAAUAUGUGAGUGUGUGUCAUGAUUUGAUUACUUGAUUAGCCAAAUUAAAAGCUUUGGGUUUUUUUCAAUGGUAAUAAUCACCUAAUGAUCUUCUUACUAUCAGCAAAAUCAGCAAUGAAGUUCUCCUUCAAAUGAGCAGUAUCACUGAGGCUGCGGAUUUCUAUUCAUUUGUGCCACAGAGCUCUACUGUUGUACACAAGUGACUUUAAACUUGGACUCAUUGUUGGUGCCAGACAGACUAGUCUGAGAGUUUCAGAAAGUGCUGCUCUACUGG